UCUACAGGCUACAAGAUUGUCGUUCUUUCUUCUUUUUCAUUGAAAACAAAACAUAUAAUAUGUUAAAUCCAAAAGGAUGACGAGGAUGAAGAUGAGGUGGGAAGGUUACGACGAUUGAUAAGCUGAUAAAAUACACAUAUACACAAAUAUAUACCGUAUAUGGAAUAUAACAUAAGUUGAUAAAAUACACGUAUACACAACUAAAUACCGUAUAUACAUGGGAAUAUAUAAGCUGUGGAUAAAUAGAGAGAGGUGCAGAAAACAGAAGUGAUCCGUCGCCUCCCACGUGGCCAAAUAAAGCCGUCAUCCGCCACCGCCAUCGGUGCUCCGACAAUGUGGCAAAUUUAUUUUUUCAAAUGAGUAAAAUGUUUUCUUUUAAUUUGUAAGAAACUAUUUUAUUUUAGGGUAAACAAGAAGUUAUGAUUGUCUAUUUAAUUAAGGCAUCGUUAUUUUUUUUAAUUUACGGUCACUGGUUCUCUCUAAAGAUCGUAAAUUGGUAAAUCUUACCUCUUCAUAACAAAAAAAUUUGAAAUUAAAUAAUUAAAGAUGAAUAAUUGAUUAAAUUUUCUAGGGUAAAUACUAUUUAAUAUCCAAACUUUUCAUUUUAAACAAUAUAAUAGCCAAAACUUUUCGAAAACAAUUUAAUAUCCAAAUCGUCAACUUUCUGUCUAUUUGACCGUUAGUUGACACUUCAAAAAAGUUCGAAGUACGACACUUCAUCAAUAUUCAUUGAUAUCAUCUCUGAAAAACCACCAACAUAUCGUAGUUCCAAACUCGAGAAGUCCAUGACUCCACCAUAAUGGUAUAGAAUAUCUAAAUAUUCAGUUAUCUGCAAUGCCAAAACAAGAAAACAAAGUUGUAUUGUGACAAUUUCCCUAAACAAAACUUUUUGAAGUGUCAACUAACGGUCAAACGAACGGAAAGUUGACGAUUUGGAUAUUAAAUUGUUUUCGAAAAGGUUUGACUAUUAUAUUGUUUAAAAGGAAAGGUUUAAAUAUUAAAUUGUAUUUACCCAAUUUUCUAAAUUCAAACAAUAAUAUCUACUAAACUUAUCUUUGAAUUUGAAAUCAAACAUAAUUUAUUUUAAUAAAUUCUUUCAUAGCCACACUCUUUAAUCAAUCUCCUCGCUUACAUCCCUUAACAAAUAAAUAAAAUAAAAAUUCUAACUCUAGAGAAAAAGAUUUUCAAUUUGUAAGCCGACAACCCAAGUAGUAUAUUUAUUAUCAUUUCUAACGUCCACAAAUUAAUAUAAAAAAUAAUUAUUUAAAUGAAAUUAUGCAUUUUUCUAUCAAAUUCCGUACCAAUUUCUAACUUAUUAUUAGAUAAAAGUACUUAAAUUCUUCACCAACCAACCAACAGCCACCUGCUGGCUUCUCUCUCCCCUUUGCAUUCUUCUUCUUCUUCUUCUCUCUCAAUUUAUUUCCUCUAUAUAACCUCCUCUUCUCGUAUCGUCGUCGCAGUAGAUUACUCGUCUGCUACCGUAACUUCUCCGAAAACCUCAUAAAUCCACAAACAUGGCGGAAUCGGUGGAGCUCCCGAGUCGGCUGGCGAUCCUUCCGUUCAGGAACAAAGUCCUCCUUCCUGGCGCCAUCAUUCGCAUCCGUUGCACCUCGCCCAGCAGUGUGAAAUUGGUGGAACAGGAGCUAUGGCAGCGGGAGGAGAAGGGUUUGAUCGGCAUUUUGCCAGUUCAGGACGCUGCCUCCGAUGCCGCCGAGGCCUCGGUAGGGUCCAUGUUAUCUCAAGGCGUUGGAAGUGAACCCGGGGGUGAUAGAAGCUCCAAAGCUCAAGUGGGUACCUCGGAUAAUCUCAAAGUUGAUGGCAAAAACCAGCAGGAAGUCAUUCGUUGGCACAAUAGAGGAGUUGCUGCUCGUGCUUUGCAUUUGUCAAGAGGGGUGGAGAAGCCCAGCGGGAGGGUGACUUACAUAGUUGUGCUUGAAGGUUUAUGCAGAUUCAGUGUUCAAGAACUUAGCAAAAGGGGGAUGUAUUACACUGCGAGGAUAUCUCCUGUUGAGAUGACAAAGAUUGAGAUGGAACAAGUGGAGCAAGAUCCUGAUUUUGUUGCGCUAUCUCGCCAGUUCAAAGCAACUGCUAUGGAACUUAUCUCUGUUCUUGAGCAGAAACAAAAAACUGAGGGCAGGACUAAAGUUCUUUUGGAGACCGUUCCUGUUCACAAGUUGGCAGAUAUUUUUGUUGCUAGCUUUGAGAUAAGCUUCGAAGAGCAGUUAUCCAUGUUGGACUCAGUUGAUCCGAAAGUAAGGAUUUUGAAAGCCACUCAGCUGGUCGACAGGCAUUUACAGUCAAUACGCGUAGCAGAAAAAAUUACCCAAAAGGUUGAAGGACAGUUAUCAAAGUCACAGAAAGAAUUUCUUCUACGUCAGCAGAUGCGGGCUAUAAAAGAAGAGCUCGGAGAUAAUGAUGAUGAUGAGGAUGAUGUUGCUGCAUUGGAAAGGAAGAUGCAGGCUGCAGGAAUGCCUUCAAAUAUCUGGAAACAUGCCCAGAGAGAAUUGAGGCGGCUCAAGAAGAUGCAACCUCAGCAACCUGGAUAUAACAGCUCACGUGUUUAUUUGGAGCUUCUUGCUGAGCUUCCCUGGCAGAAAGCAAGUGAAGAAUCUGAAUUUGACUUAAAAGCUGCAAAAGAACGUCUUGAUAAUGACCACUAUGGUCUUGUCAAGGUCAAGCAACGGAUCAUUGAAUAUCUGGCUGUGCGAAAGCUCAAACCAGAUGCAAGAGGCCCAGUAUUGUGUUUCGUGGGCCCGCCAGGUGUUGGGAAAACAUCUUUGGCAUCAUCUAUUGCUGCUGCCUUGGGUAGAAAAUUCAUACGCAUUUCUCUUGGCGGUGUUAAGGAUGAGGCUGAUAUUAGAGGACACAGGAGAACAUACAUUGGGAGCAUGCCAGGGCGUCUCAUCGAUGGCUUAAAGAGAGUCGGUGUUUGCAAUCCGGUCAUGCUGCUGGAUGAGAUUGACAAGACUGGCUCUGAUGUUCGUGGUGAUCCUGCCUCAGCUCUGCUUGAGGUUCUUGAUCCUGAACAGAAUGGGACAUUCAAUGAUCACUAUUUGAAUGUUCCUUUUGACCUAUCCAAGGUGAUUUUCGUCGCAACUGCAAAUCGGGCACAGCCUAUUCCUCCUCCACUGCUAGACCGUAUGGAAGUUAUUGAGCUUCCUGGUUACACUCCUGAGGAAAAGCUCAAAAUAGCCAUGCGGCAUUUGAUACCUCGCGUGUUGGAUCAACAUGGAUUGAGCUCUGACUUCCUUCAAAUUCCAGAGGAUGUGGUCAAGCUUGUGAUUCAGAGGUACACUAGGGAGGCUGGUGUUCGGAACCUAGAGAGGCACCUGGCUGCCUUGGCUCGUGCAGCAGCUGUGAAACUUGCAGAGCAAGACCAAACUGUCCCUUUGAGCAAGGAUGUUCAUCGGCUUGCCACACCAUUAUUAGAGAACAGACUUGCAGAGGGAGGUGAAAUGGAAAUGGAAGUCAUCCCAAUUGGUGAAAACACUCAUGAAAUAUCCAACAGUUACAGAGUUGCUUCCUUGGUUGUGGAUGAGGCCAUGCUGGAGAAAGUUUUGGGGCCUCCACGAUUCGAUGACAAAGAGGCUGCAGAACGUGUUGCUAGCCCAGGUAUUGUGGUUGGGCUUGUUUGGACUGCCUUUGGUGGGGAGGUGCAGUUUGUGGAGGCCACAGCAAUGGCUGGGAAGGGUGAAUUGCAUCUCACUGGCCAGCUUGGUGAUGUUAUAAAGGAAUCCGCACAGAUAGCACUGACCUGGGUGCGAGCAAGGGCAACUGACCUUAAGCUGACAGCUGCUCAAGACAAUAGUCUCCUCGAAGGCAGGGACGUUCACAUACAUUUCCCAGCAGGAGCUGUACCCAAGGAUGGUCCUUCAGCAGGUGUAACACUCGUGACUGCUCUGGUUUCUUUGUUCAGUCAGCAGAGAGUAAGAGCAGAUACAGCAAUGACCGGAGAAAUGACUUUGAGGGGCCUUGUCCUUCCUGUCGGCGGCAUUAAGGACAAGAUUUUGGCUGCUCACCGCUACGGCAUCAAGAGAGUGAUCCUCCCAGAGAGAAACUUGAAGGACUUGGCUGAAGUACCAGCUGCUGUUCUCAGCAGUGUAGAGAUUCUGCUGGCAAAGAGAAUGGAAGACGUGCUGGAACAUGCGUUUGAAGGUGGCUGUCCGUGGAGACAACACUCUAGAUUAUGACGUCAAUAGAAGAUAAUUUAUACUCCUCCAAUACAAUACGGACAUGAUUCUAGCAUCGCUACUGCUGUUGUCAUUGCUACCCACGAUCAAACACACUGGCUUCUGCAGCUUGCCAGCAAUCACAGGGAUCCAACUUUAAGCAGGCGAGAAGACUCCUUCGCUGGCAUAAAAAGAGGGACAAAGAGAGAAGAAGGUGUGAAGAGAAUAGCUGAUGCCAGAAGAUAACCCUCUUAUCAAAUGGUUCUUGUCGAGAUGUGCAGACAGUACAGGUUUAAGCUGUGUAUAUGUGAAACCCUUGCUAAUGAUGUUGCGGCCGGCGGCCACACACACUCUUACUCCCAACAAUUUGCUGUGUAAUGUGUAUUGCUUUCUCCUGAUACUAUACUGUAUUGUUGGACUUGGACAUGUAUCGUUGUAAUCUAUAGUAUAUUGACGUCUUUUAGAAAGGACAACUCGUUCCAUCUCAGAAAGAUAACAACUUGAAUCCAAAACGAUAUAUGGCGUACGGUAAGAUGUGAACCUCAAACUCGAGUUGGUGCAGAAUGAUGAACACAAGGAAAAGAGCAAUUGGCUAUGAAUCGAGGACAAUAAAACACAAAAUAGAAACAUGGGUGAUAACGAAACUAAGUUUGUAAUAUAUGAUGGGCCAGAUGCAAAAUAAAAAUGAGAUGGAACAUUCCCAAGUUUCCAGCAUC